CGCGCGGACCGUAUCGCGAGACGUUUGUGUUCGGAACUUUUUACGAUAAAUAUACGAUGUGGAUGUGAAUUUAUACUUGUUAAAAGGUACCUUGAAUGUGAAAUGUGAGAGUUACGCUCCGAUAAAAAUGCUAUCGACAAGACGAGUUUUCUCCAAAAAUGACUCUCCGCCGCUGCGACAGUCUUCCGACUAGACUCCGGGAAACUCCCCUGCCGAGCCCCGAGGCGACGCAGCCCCUCAACAACAUCCCCAAUUCCAUCACAGACGCCAAUUCCAACGGAUACGUUCGAGAAAAAGUAGUCGCCACAUGGGAAUCGCUCCACACCGACGUAAAUAACAUAAAGAACGGAAUCCCGAAAAACGAAAAUGAGACUGAUAGAGCGGAAUCUAAUAACGCAACGAAAAAGAGAUCGAAGAGGAUCAGCUACGACAAUCGUGUCGUGGUCGGCUCGGACGACGAUGCCGUACCGUCGGGCAAGAAUGUCAAGAAAAGUAAGAAGACAAACUCGGUCAAGCGACGGACGUUGUUGGAGAGACUGCUCUCCUGGAGGACUCCGGAGUGCGACUGUCACUUGAAGUGUCGUAGAAAAGAUUGUGUGACGAAGACUAGAGCGGAUGAGAUAUUGUGUACUUGUGGUGUAGUGGCGAGCUCGCCGACCAAACAGAAGUUCUCUGAGCGAGCGCGGUCCAAGAGUGUCGGUUACGAAGUGCCUCGUGAAGUGACACAGUUUAGACGGUGUGCUAGUGCCGGUGCUACUGUUGGCGCGGAGACCGCCGCGGCCAUCCGCGCUAGGGCGGCCCUGACGCUGGCCAGGCGGUACUAUCCCGAAGGUGGAUGGGGCUGGACUAUAACGGUGGUGAGCACCAUCGUCCAAGUGCUGUCGCACGGGCUGCAGCUGGGCGGAGGCACUGGAGCCAUCGCCUGCACCGCCGCGGUCAAAUACCACGUGCCUCCACUUUAUACUUAUGGUUGUCUCGGAGCAUUGUCGACGGGGGUGGCGCUAGCUCUGUCGCCGGUGACAGUGGCGCUAUGUGUGCGCAAGUCAACGCGAGUGACGGCGGUGGUGGGCGGGCUGGUGGCCGCACUUGGCUGCCUCUUCACAUCCUUCGCUACGCAAUUUCAUCAGCUGUUCUUCAGCUAUGGGACGGUAGUGGGAGUAGGCGUGGGCCUGACCCGGGACUGUUCGACGCUGAUGGUGGCGCAGUACUUCAAACGGCGGCGCGAGCUGGUCGAGAUCUUCAUCGUCAGCGGCAGCGGCCUGGGCAUAGCUGUCAUGUCUACGUUCAUCAAGGGCGCUAUAAGAGCAAUAGGAUGGCGGCUUGGUCUCCAGGCGGUGACUGGUGUGGUUUUCGUAACGUUCAUACUCGGCACUUUCUACCGAUCAGCCUCAUUAUACCAUCCUCAACGACGGGCAAUACUGCACCUUAAGAACCAGAAUAAGAUAAAGAGGAAAAUGAAGGACAAAAACAAGUCGGAUGAUAGACAACCUUUCUUUGACUUCUCAACUCUGAGGUCCAAAACUGUGAGGAUCCUGCUAAUGUCAACAGGGAUUUCUGCUUUUGGAAUCAACACGCCGAUAUUUUAUUUGGCCUAUCACGCUGAAGAGGAAGGUCUAGGCGACACUGCAGCUUUACUCCAGGCUUACCUGGGCCUGGCAUGGGCAGUUGGCUGCGCUGCCUUCGGUCUUCUGGUGAGGCAGAAAUCAGCUGAAUGUCGUAUAGCAAGACAGUACCUCACGCAAGCGGCGGUAUUCGUGUGCGGGUUGGCUACCAUGGCGUUGACGGCUGUUGAAGGAUCUUAUCGAGGAUACGUCAUGUUCGCUUGGGUUUAUGGUAUAUUCUGCGGUGGCUACCACUACUCCCUGAAGAUGUACACGUACGAGCGAGUGAGGUCACGCAACUUCGCUCGGACUUGGGGCUUCGUGCAGUGCUCGCAGGCCGUACCCAUCGCUAUUGGCGUUCCACUGUCUGGCUACAUAAACGACGGCUGCGGCGGCAAGGCGGGGUACUACUUCAGCUCCACGUGCUCGCUCAUCGGCUCUCUGUCGCUCUUCUGUAUCGACCUGCAUCGCCGGAGCGCGCACAAACACACCAAAGAGAACGGCGGCACUGCUAGCUGCGAGCCGGCGUGCGGGCCGACGCGCCGCAGCACCCGGGACAGGGAACCGCGUAUCACCACGAGUGCCACCACACUUGAUCUAGCAGGCGGCGGACGUUGCGGUGGUCGCGAUCUGCUACUAGACGGCAUUGGCGCUGGCAGUUUAGGCUCACCAGCACCGCACGCACCUCCAGAGCUCACCUGCAUCAGCGAGGAGGGAGGUCUAGACCUGGACUUAGACCUGCAUCUCCCGGAGCACCUGCUAGAUGACCUGGACUGCGGACCCGAUUGUAUCACUAGUUGCAAUAAGGUGGAGAACUAUCUAAUGCUAAGCGAGUAUGAGAACAACCUAAUCGCUGAGCUGCCCAACUUAAACGAGAAACGCAACCGGCGCUGGUCUAUCGUCCUCGCCAACAACUCCCCGCAACCAUCCAACCCAAACAACCUGAGCCCAGAACACCGAAGUCACAACCCAGCCAAGUGGGAGAAAAAGUGCCACAACCCGAACAGAGUGAUCACAGUGAUCAACGAAGCGUCGUUAUAAGUAGUGAUACGUUAAGACAAUAAUACGUGUACGACCUAUUUAACCUCAUAAUUUAUUUGUUGUGUGUAGUAGUUGCAUUUGUGUAUUGUUCGGUAUUAUUUAUUAAAAUAACUAUUGUAUGGUGU